AUGGUUGUUCCUACCCUCGUCCACGAACGAUAUCAAUUCAUCAAAGACGGACACCUCCCAGCGCCGGUCAAGGGUGGGCUGGUCGCCAUUCUGUGUCCAGAAUGCUCAACCCCCCUCCGUUAUCAUUCUGCAUUAGCAGAUGCAUGGCGUAUCCAUUGCCCUACACUUCCCAAGAACAACCAACACAAUUGGCGGACUUGGCGAUGCGAUCAACUAAACCACGAACGAGCGUUGAUCAACGCUGGGGCUCCCCGACCUAUCAUUUCCUCUUCUGCAGACUGGGGACCUCGUAUCUCACCCUUUGGGGUCCCGCUCGACCCGAAGUCAGCCAACAUCCAAAUGGGCACGUUGGGCAGGACCAACAUUGAUGACCAUCAUCCCUUCCUGGGCCGAGAACCAACAUUUACCCAGCUUGACUCACUUGUCGGGCCUCACCGUGCCAAAGCAGUCUAUCCAUGCCAGCGAGCUUCACGUGGCCCCGUCGCGCGUACCCACCGCACCGCUGGCAACAAGGGAUGCUAUUAUCAGUACUGCCAAGCGUGUUGCUUGGAAUUUGGCUUGGGGCCGUGUCCCAAACACAAUUCCAAUCGACGCCCGGCCCCUGCAAACACGACGGAUAUCCAGUUAUCAUCUAGCCGGCCAGCUCCAGCUGCUCCCACACCAGCUCCUACCUUCCCAACUCCUGCUAGCACUUCCACCCAACUACCUGAACCAGCGCGACCAAAGGAACCUCGACCGCACCAGGGACCUCACCCUCACCAGUGGGCCCAAGCAUCUAACACGCUUGGGCGCCGUCUUGGUCCGCAAGCGGUGGCAAGGAUCCAAAUCAACCGACGUGAGCGAUAUGAGGCGGUUGAACGUGAGAUAGCCAACAAAUAUGAUGAGAAUAAAGUGAUCACGAUCCACCUUUGGCUCGAUGAUCUUGGAGAGAAGAUCAUAUCAGCCCAUUUUGACCAAUGGCCUAAGGCCAGGCUUGACGAGUCAAGCUUGCUCAUCCAAGCUUGCACCCUCGCAAUCGGUCCUUCAUGGAAUAGAGCGCUCUUGUUCUGGGAUGACAAGAUUGACACAUGGCAUGAAACCAUGGUGACAUUCCCCCACCGCUUUCCAGCAAGCACGAAGAACAUUGUUGUCAGAUCGCACAAUGUCGAUCCUAGCACCCCGGGGUUGCCUCAAUCAAAAAGCAAACAAGGUCCAUCGAGGGCAAGGCCAGCGAUCCCAGAAUAUUCAGCAGAGCACGCAACCUCCCAAGCCUCAAGCCACCACGUUCGUCCGGACGCCUCGACUCGCCCCACCAGCACGCCAAAUUCUGAUGAUGACGAUGUCAUUGUUGUGAGUAGCAGCUAUCCACCUCGCCCAACUGGCCACUCGGAAGACGUGGAGGUGUUCAACAACCCCAUGCAAACGCCAAACGAACGCGAAAUUUCCGAGCCACCCGUGUUUGAUUUUUACCAAGUCAAACAUGCAGCUGACCAGGCAAAACCGGACAGUGCGAAAGAGGUUACCCCUCCAACCCCUUCUCCAACAAUGACCAACGCAGUCAAGAAGAAAAAGUGGCCGGGCUCUUCAGUUCUUGUGUCCACCCUCCUCGCGUGGUACAAAGAAUGUGAGACUCGACCUCCAAUACAGGCAUGGCACGACGCUUUUGGUGCCGAGUGGCUUUUGGUUCCUUCUACGAUGUAUAGGUACCGGCUGUGGAUUGAAAGGGUGGAUUAUGAUCGAUUUUCAAAGGAGUAUAAGAAUAAACCACGUGCGACUGUCGGUGAAGCAAGGUUACUCUACAAAAAGGAGUUCCAAAUAAUUUCCAAUGCCUAA